AAACUGUACACGUGUACAACGUCGGUUACAUUUUUUUAUGUGAUAAUAUACUUCCUCUUUAAAAAUAAAAAUAAAGGGUAUUGAGGGCACGUCUCUGUAUCAUUAAAGAGAGAAACUUGCCAACAAAAAAGAUCUAGGUAAGGAAUAGCCGCUUUCAUUCUGAUACAGUUAAACACUUUCUCAUUUUAUUUUUUAUAUAUCUUUAAUAUUGUGAGCUGUACUACAUGAUGAUGGCAUGUACAAUACAGCUGCAGUUUGGGGCAGUGGGAGAGCGCAGGUACAGUAGUCAACAAGGAAGAGGUAUUUUAGAAUGAGGGAGAUGGGACAAAUGCAAAAUGCUGCAAAACAUUUAUUUUAUUUUAUUUUAUUUACAGUUAUAAUUAUUUAUAUUGCACAAACAUAUUCCACUGCGCUAUCCAACAGGUUAAAAAGAGAAACAAUUACUUUUAAAAAAAACAUGCACAUUUGACUUUUAAAAUUGGGCACGCAAACUUACAGCAAUUAUUCAGGCAAAAAGCUUUAAAAUGGUUAAAAGAUGUUUUGCUGCCUAGAGUGUAGCACUCCCUUUGCGUAUUUUAUAGGGAAACUGAGAAUAGUGUAGUUUUGGAAGGGACCCAGGGUCCCGCUGGCUAUAAGUAACUUUAAGUAGGGGUUCUCUCUCAGUUGAAAUAACUGCCAGGCUAAGAAUUGUGUUAAACUAAAAUACACAUUUGCAGAUAUUAGUGUAAAAACGCCUAAUGCAGUCUUACUGUUUCAUGCCUGAUGGAAUCGUAAUCUGUAAAAAUAAAUAUAAAUAUGACUUCAUAUCUUUAUGAUUGGGUCAGACAGCUUGUUCUGGACUCCAAGUAAAUGCCCAGACUAUUCAAAAUACCCCACACAGUGAGCAAAUCAUUGCCAGGCCAGUGAAAGAGAAUCUUCUGUCCUUCACACCCAUGAAUGGACUCUUCAGGGAAAGUCUAGAUUGCCAGUGAAAUAAUUCAGGAGAAAAUAGUCAGAACAAAAUAUAUGAAGGAAGUUACAGCAUUAUAUCAGAGUAUUUACUAAAGUAAUUAUUUUCAGGAAUUUAAAAUGAAUUCCAAAGUUUAAUUAGAAUCAUACCUUACUUGAAGAAUGUUUGCACUUUGCUAUUUUAACCUUAAAUUUGAAAUUCCUAUUUAUUUUCCCAACAACUCAGACGGAAUAAAUAACACUGUGUCUUUCUUCAGUUCUCGUCAGGAAUGUCGUCAUCAAGCCAAGUCCUCCUGAUUCUCGGGUUCAUACUCAGCAUUUGCCAUCUGAGCUCAUGUCAGGACUACAGAAGAUUUAGGGACAACCAUGUAGUGAUUGGUCAUAUGCAGAUCAGCUGUGCUCAAAUCGAGUCUGAGAGAAACAUGUCCGACCAACACGGUGGCUGCAAAGAGAGUAACACCUUCAUUCAUGCAGAAAAUGUGAAAACCAUCACUAGAAUCUGCAAAGGGAAAACCGAACACAUGGACCGUGUCUUAAGUAAACACACCUUUCACGUUACGGAUUGUGUGCUAGACCAGGACUCACUGUUUCCAAACUGCGCAUUUCAUCAGACUGAGGAGAAACGGCAAAUAUGUGUGAAAUGCGUCAGAUCCUUUCCCAUCCUUCUUUACUCACCAGAGGAACAUGCGUCCUGUAAACCUGAGCUGUGAGCCACGAUGUAUGGAUUCUGAAUAAUACCCAGACAUUGUAGUCUUUUACUUUAAUUAAAUGAUACAUAUUAUGUGUUUAAUUCAAUAUGAUGACUCUACCUGUAAUAUGUUUGAUAAGGUAUGUUUUAUAUUAAUGGAGUUAUUUGCGUUUCACAGUGAUUUGUAGCUACAAAUUGUUUAGGAAGUUAGCAAUAAUCCUUUAAAUCAGUAUAGGAAAUGGUGCUAUGAGUUACUAAUCCCAUUCAUGGGCUGCAUUAGGGGAAUUUAAUAGUUCAGUUUCAUUGGCAUCCAUUAAUUAUUAUAUUUUAUUUCCCACUGGGAGGAAAUACUUUUUAAAUACUGCUUGGCAUAGCUUUUCAUACACAGCCCAACAGAGGAGAUGAAGUACGAAGUAGAGUUGUAAUCAAAAUUAUUCAACCCCCAUUUGUCAAAAUUUGCAGACUUUCAGCUGUUUGCAAUGAACACAUCAGACAAAGGCAAUUGAAAUAGUUCAAUACAACGAAUGCUUCAGGAGGUUUCCCCAAAUUGAACUGAAAAUGCAAUCUUAUAAGGAAUUCUCCAGUUUCAAAAUUAUUCAACCCCUUCAUGGCAAGUACCUUUAGUACUUAGUAGAGCUCCAUUUUGCUGUUAUGAAAUGCUGCAAAUGAGAUAUAUAGCCAGACAACACCUUCUGGCAGCGUCCCUGAGAAAUCAUAGCACAUUGCUCAUGAGCAAUGGCCUCCAGUUCAGUAAUUUUCUCGGGUUUGUGUGCUACAACUGCCUUCUUCAAAUCCUACCAGAGAUUUUCUAUGGGGUUCAAGACAAGUGACUGUGAUGGCCACUGUAGAGUUUUCCAGGACUUUUUCUGCAACCAAGCCUUGGUGGAAUUUGAGGUAUGUUCGGGAUCAUUGUCUUGUUUAAAGGUCCAAUGACGCCAAAGCUUAAGCUUUCUCACAGACGGCAUAACGUUUUCUCCUAGGAUUUCCUAAUAUGUCAAUGAAUCUUGCCUUCCACAUGCCAGUGCCAGAGGAUGCAAGGCAGUCCCAGAGCAUCAUCGACCACCAGGCAGGCAGAGUGUUCUUUUCAGCGUAUGCUUCAUUCUUCUUCCUCCAGACAUACCACUGAUCCAUUGGGCCAAAAAAUUGUCCAGUUUUGUUUUGUCGCUCCACUGAACAGAAUCCCCAAACUUCUGUGGCUCAUUUAUAUGAUUUUGAACUUGUGCUUUUGAGUCCGUAGUGGUGCACAUCUUGGAGUUCUGGCAUGGAAACCUUCUGUGUUUAGUAGAAGCCUUACUGUGUUCACUGAAAUCUCAGUGCUUGUUGCCACCAAGUCUUGCUGCAGAUCUUUUGCAGCAACUCAAUGUUUUUUCAGAACCUUCCUUCUCAGAAACAUGGUUGCACUCAUUGAUAGCUUAUUUUUUCUGCCCACUCCAGGUAGUGUAACCAAUAAUCCUUUAACUCAACUGGUGAACUAUGCUUCCAAGUUAUCUCUAGGAGUAUGCAGUGCCUUCAAUAUCUUUUUGUAUGCUGUUCCUUGUUUGUGAAGGGUGAUGAUCUCCAUUCUUUGAUGACCAUUCUUUUGACUUAGACAUAUUUCUAACAUGCAGUCAAACGUGACACUCAACAAACCCCUAGCCAGUUCAGGUAUUUCAAGUGUUCCAGCUCAAGCACACCUGAUGCAGCUAAUGAAGCCCUUGAUUAGUUGCAUCCGGUGUGCUUGAGACAACACCUGUUUUACACAUUUGUGCUGUUGUGAGGGAUUCUAUUCAGGAGGCUGAAUAAUUUUUAGACUGGAGAAGUCCUUGUAAGUUGCAUGUUCAGUUGAAUUUGAGGAAACUUCUUAAAGCAGUCUAUAUGUUGAGUUGUUGCAAUUGCUUUUGUUUGAUUUGUUCAUUGCAAACAUCUUAAAGUCUGUAAAUGUUAAAACUUUCUGUAAAAAAUGAACCUGAUUUUAAAUGUGGUUUGAUUAAUUUUGAUUACAACUGUAGAUCUUUGCUUAGAUUAUUUUCAUCACCUUGUGGUACCCACGGGUACAGGAGCACCAGCCUAAUGUAAGCACAGAAAGAAUCCGUACAAAUCAGUUAUCUGAGAUUAUAUCAACAAACGGAUGGGGCCUGUUAAAAUAUAAGAAUACACAAAAGAAAAUUUGGAAAACAGUAUUUGUGGAAUUUGAGCCGAACCACAGCCCCACUCCAGACCAAUUAGGGAACCUCAAAACCUGCUUAUGAAAUCUUCCUUUUUCUUUUGUUAAUUUACCAGAAUUCAAUAACAAGAGAAUAAGAUUCUUUAGUGAUCGGUAAACUACCACACAGCGUUAUUAGCUAACGUGAGAAUUCGGUGAAUUUCAAAUUUAAAGCCAAAAUAAAAUGUCUGAGUAAGCUCUACUUUCUGAUUGGCAGCAAAUUUACUUUGAAUAGAUGGUGAAUUCUCACUUCAGUAAAUAACCCUGGCAGUGUACUAUGUUUCUAGUGACCUCCAGUGGCUGAACUCAAAACUGAACAGUUCCGUUUUCUCGUGCAGUUCAGAACAAUUUUUCUUUAUAGACUUUCACAGCUGUAAUUAAACCACAGGCAGUGAGGCAGGCAUUCAUCAAAUAUUACACAAUUCCAAUUAGUUUUCUAAAAAUUAAGGGUUUGUUUCUUUAGCAUCCACUUCAUCUUACAUCCAUUCCUAUCAGAUCUUCAACUCCAGAACAGACAUGCAGAGCUUGAGAACGUCCGUCUAGCGUCCGGUAGGUGACCAAAAGCUGCCUAGCAAGUAGGAAGUGCCUCUAGUGGCUGUCUGGUCUUGGUGUGUAUGGUGUCCCUUUAAUAUUUUCACUAUUUAACCAAAUGAAAGAUGUCCCUGAAGGGUUAAAAUUAAACAUAAGAUGCCCGCAUCACACCUAUCUGGAGGUAAUGUUUUGUGACACCCAAGGUUCUACAGUCAUUGAUUUAUAGGAAUUAUAUUUUAGCCUCUAUAAACAUUAAGCUGUGAUUUUUUUUUUUUUAAAUGAAGUGAGGCUGUUUUUUAUGCAUCUUCCGACGAUGGAAACAGUGGUGAUUCUAUUACCGUGCAGAUCCCGAAGCUGUGAAGUUAGAAAUUGUGUCUAUGAAUGCUUCCUUAUAAUGGGCUGCAUGAGUCCAGGAUGAAGGAUAAGGAUUCGGGGAAGAGUAAGAGGUUACAGUUAAGAUUUAAACUCUAGAAGCUGUUUUUGUGUCUGUAGGCAGCUUCACUUCCACUCAAACCCAGUGUGAUUAAUGGUUUAUCCUGGAUCCUAUCCAGUCCAUACAAACUCAUACUCUGUGUCAAUAUUAAAGGAACACGAUAACAUUAAGAAUACAAACCUGCGUUCCUGAUUUAGAUCCAUUUUAGAGCUCCCGCCAGUGCUCUAAAAGUCCCAGUCAAUGCUCCAUAAGGCUAGCUGGGAAAGCCGAGUUUGACUCAUUUCUCAGAGCAGAAGCACCUGUAGUAGUUAUCUGCUAGACAGCCACUAGGGGAGUAUUUGCUGUAUCUACUAAAAUACAAUGGAUUCCAUUGCACAGUUAAAACUAAAGGGCCACUAUAUACAGACCAUUUCAUUGAGAUUAACUGAUCUGAUUGCCUUUAGUGGUAUUUAAUGAAUCCCACCAAAAUAGUUUAAUUUAGGGUUUUUUUCUGAGCAAGGCUGUGUGAUGUUUUAGAUUACGUUAACUUUCCCAUUGCCACAAACCCUAACAUUUGUAAUUUUUUGGUAUAUGUGUCUUUGGCUUUAAAAUUAAUUACAUUGAUAAGAAAUGGCUGAAGGAUACAUUUUCGUUAAAUACAGUUUGGAAAUAACACUCUGCAUCCUCUUGUGUUCGUAUAAAACACAUUGUUUAGAUUGUAAGCUCACUUGGACAUGGUGCUAUUUUCCUUCUCUGCAUGUUAUUGCUUUUUGUCCAUCUAUAUUUUGCUGCAUAUAUUCCAUUUAAAAAUCUGCUAAUUUUGUUUCAUGUGAAAAAAAUUACCUUUUGUAUUGAGAG